CCAGAGGCUGGAAAAGAUAAAAUAGAAGCCCAACUGAUUUGCUAUUCUUGUGAAAAGUACUUGAUGAAUUUUCCAACUCUAAAUGAAAUAGUUAGAGAAAAUGGUGAUAAGAGAUUGUUCGCAAUUCUUGAAAAUGAAAUAGCAAAUCAUCGUAAUAUUCCAUUUAUGGCCAUUGAGAAUAAAGGGUCAACAGAAAAGAUAAAUGGAACUUAUUGCUAUAUAUUGCGUCUUUAUGGUCGCCUUAUUAAUAGCCAAAAGGCAUUGGUAACUCUUAUAGGCAUUCAGGUUUUCUUUGACAUUCGCGUACCAGACGGAGAAACUCCAGAUGAAUGCAAAGAAAAGAUAGAAGCGAAAUCUGAAAAUGUUUUUAAGGCAAAGAAUGCUGUUAAGCCUUCUGAGGAAGGCGAGGAGGAUCCAGAGGAGAAAGAAUAUAUGGGUAGUCAAAAUUAG